ACACACCCCCAUGAUGGUCUAGGAAGGGGAAGGCAGGGCAACCGGGGAAGAGGGGUUGUUGCUUCCCUUAUUGAUUAUCGAUAAUUGCUGUCUCCUGUCUCCUUGCUGCUAUCUGAUUGCGUCCCAUUUUCUUUUUGCAGAUCGCCCCAGCUGUUAUUAGGGAGGGCUGGAACAGGGGGCAUCUUCUGCUCCCAUGAUGGCUUCUGAUUUGAAAGAUGCCAGAAUAUUGGAGCCUUCUUCUGUGGCCCCUUUGGAGACUCGGGCACCACCGAGGAAGACAGACAAAAAGGGAGGGCUGCCAGAGGCCAAGCGGAAAGGGCGGGCCAAGCGGUUGAACAAGGACGUGGAGGAUCUACUCUCCGGCCUGCAGCAACUGGAUCUUGCUGCAGAAUGUGUAGUGCCAGUUGGAACCGGCCUGGUGUGGGAUGAGCGGAUGACAGAGUUUCACUGCCCAUGGGAUGAAAGUUUCCCAGAGCAUCCAGAACGUCUGGUAGCCACGCGAGACAAACUGCUGCAAUGUGGACUGCUGGAGCGUUGCAUCCCAGUGGCGGCUCGAGAAACUUCUGAGGAAGAGAUCCUCUUGGCUCACAGUCAGGAGUACCUGGCCCUGAUGAAAUCAACUGAAACGAUGAGCGAGGCUGAGCUGAGAUCUCUAUCGGACACAUAUGAUUCUGUCUAUCUGCACCCUAAUUCCUACCGCUGUGCCUGCCUUGCUGCUGGUUCUGUCCUGCAACUUGUGGAGAAGGUGUUGGCUGGGGAGCUCUGUAACGGACUGGCUCUGGUCAGGCCACCUGGCCACCAUGCUCAGCGUGACAAGAUGGAUGGCUACUGCAUGUUCAACAAUGUGGGCAUUGCAGCCCAAUAUGCCCGGCAGAAAUUGGGAGUGGAGCGGGUGCUUAUUGUUGACUGGGAUGUGCAUCAUGGACAAGGCACCCAGUACCUCUUUGAGGACAAUCCCAGAAUCCUUUAUUUCUCCAUCCAUCGCUAUGAAGGGGGCAGCUUCUGGCCCCACCUUCCAGAAUCUGACAGUCAUGCUGUGGGCAGAGGCCGGGGAGAGGGCUGCAACAUCAAUGUGCCCUGGAACCAGAUAGGUAUGCGGGAUGCUGACUACCUCUCUGCCUUUUUGCAUAUCCUGCUGCCUGUGGCCUUGGAGUUCCAGCCUCAGCUGGUCCUGGUUGCUGCUGGUUUUGACUCUGUAAUUGGUGACCCCAAGGGGCAGAUGUCCGCCACCCCAGCAUGCUUCGCUCACCUGACACAUCUGUUAAUGCCACUGUCUGGAGGCAAGCUGGUUCUGUCUCUGGAGGGUGGGUACAAUCUCCAGUCCCUGGCGGAGGGAACCUGUGCAGUCCUCAAGGCUCUUUUAGGAGACCCCUGUCCUCUAUUGGAAUCGCCCCUCACCCCAUCUACCAGUGCCCUCUGUUCUGUGUCCCAGACGCUUGCAGUUCACAGCAAGUACUGGAAGAAUCUACGGCGGACCAGUGCUGAUGUGCCUCAGGAGAAUGGAGGAGGGAUGAGCGUAGAUUUGCCGCUAGGCAACCCUCUGCCAGCAGCUGAGAUCUUAGCCAAGUCGGCGGCUGAAUUGAUGCAACCCCGACCCCCUUCCUGCACUGGUCUGGUCUACGAUGAGAAGAUGACAGAGCAUUAUAAUAUGUGGGAUAGUCAGCAUCCGGAGCUGCCUCAGAGAGUAUCCCGGAUCUUCCAGCGCCACGGGGAGCUGCGCCUGACAGAACGGUGUUGCCGGCUCCCAGCCCGGCUUGCCUCUGAAGAGGAACUGCGAAUGUGCCACAGUCUGGCUUAUGUAGAGACGGUGAAGUCGACAGCCACCAUGAAGCCCCGUGACCUGCACCGCCAGGGCGACCAGUACAAUUCCAUCUAUAUCUGUGCCAGCUCCUACGAGUGUGCUCGGCUGGCAGCUGGCUCUGCAUUCAGUGCGGUAGAGGCCGUGCUCUCUGGGCAGGUCCAAAAUGCUGUGGCCAUUGUCCGGCCACCUGGGCACCAUGCUGAACCAGACACUGCCUGUGGCUUCUGCUUCUUCAACUCCGUGGCUUUGGCAGCACGAUACGCACAGCGCCUGGCUGGACGACCUAUGAGGGUGAUGAUACUAGACUGGGACGUUCACCAUGGCAAUGGGACACAGCAUAUGUUUGAAGAUGAUCCCAGCGUCCUAUAUAUCUCCCUCCAUCGCUACGACAAUGGAACUUUUUUCCCCACCUCUGAGGAUGCAGACUAUAAUCGGGUGGGCUUGGGGCCUGGGAAGGGCUUCACCCUUAAUGUGCCUUGGAACUGUCCCCGUAUGGGGGACCCUGAGUACCUGGCUGCCUUUCACCAGAUUGUCAUGCCUGUCAGCUAUGAGUUCAAUCCAGAGCUGGUCCUGGUUUCGGCUGGCUUCGAUGCUGCUCGGGGGGACCCACUGGGUGGAUGCCUUGUGACUCCAGAAUGCUAUGCGCACAUGACCCAUCUGCUGCUGGGCCUGGCAGGAGGCAAGGUGGCAGUUGUGUUGGAGGGUGGCUACAACCUAGAAUCGAUUUCAGAAUCCAUGGCCAUGUGUACACGCAGCCUCCUGGGGGAUCGUCUGCCCCCACUUGGACGCCUCAAGGCCCCCCACCCCAGCGCCCUGCAGUCUUUGGCCCAUGUUGCUGCUGUGCAUCGCAAGUAUUGGGCAAGCCUCCGACUAGAAGUGCCUGCUCUUCUGUGGGAGAAGCCCAGGACUCGGGCUGGGAAAGGAACUCCCAUUCCAGAUGAAACCACUUUAGAGGCCCCUCAGGAGCUGCUUCAGAGCCCCAGAGCUCAACCCGUGGAGGCUGUGGAUGAUGCUAUAAUGGCUUUGGGCUCCCUCCAUCUUGAAGACAAUCUCGUGGAGGAGGGGGAGACGGUUUCAAGUUCUCUGUCUCCUGAUUCCAGUCCAGUGGGAGAGCAGGCUAGGCAAAAGGUUGGGGGCUCCCCUGAAGAAGCUGAGCCAGCGGAAGAUACCCAGAGAGAAGGCACAUCAACAGGGAGUUCGUCUGGAGGAGUGGAGUCCCCUAACGAAGAGGUGGAGGUGAGGCCACCUAACGCCACCUCCAUGGCAGUGGAGAUCAUUCUGCUUGACGAAGCCAAAGGCUGUUCUUCCUCCGGUGAGCUGCUUGGAGAAGAUCUGGCAGACGAAGGGCUAUUUUAUGCUGUGACUCCCUUGCCAUGGUGUCCCCACCUUGACUCAGUCCUCCCUGUACCUCCCGCUGGCUUCAAUGUGCUAGAGGCCUGCGCAGAAUGUGGCAGCACAGCUGAGAAUUGGGUCUGUCUGAGUUGCUAUAAGAUUUGCUGUGGCCGCUACAUUAAGCAACACAUGGUAGCUCACAACUCAGAAUCGGGGCACCCGCUGGUACUCGGCUCUGUGGACCUCUCUGUCUGGUGCUAUGGAUGCCAAGCCUAUGUCCACCACCCGAUUCUCUUUGAAGCCAAGAGCAAGGCUCACAAGCUGAAAUUUGGUGUGGACAUGACAAUACCUUACUAAAGUGACUCCCUUUGUAAGGAGGGGCUAAUGCCGAAUGCAGCACAAUCUACCAUCAUUUGACCUCACUGAAUUGAACCUGAUGCUUAAAGGGCUCUUGAUGUGCCAAAAAUAAUCAACAAUCAUCAAUGCAAUACCACCAGCAGCCAUGAAACAAACACCUGCAACCUCAUUGCUUCCACUAGGACAAAGAAUAUUCUUUUCUGGUGCAUUCCAUGAUUGGGUCCAUUUUUAUUCAGAAACAUUAGGGAUAUCUUUACUUCCAGGGAGAGGUGAUUUACUUUUCCUGAUGGUGAAGAAGCACCAGGGCAAUAUUUUUCUUGGAGAGGCAGGGCUGAAUGUUUCUCUGCCGACACAUGCAGUGGCUGACUGCAUAGCACAUCAUUGCUGCCCUGCCACAAAUUGCUAUGUAUUUUACCCAAUCACCCCCUUCUCCAUAUUAAAGUUGUGUUAUGCUAAGCUGGGGGGAAACAUGCUGAAUCACAUGGAGGAGGAAUAUAUUCUCUCUUGCUCUCCCCCCACCCCAAAUUAAUCAAGAAUGUUCUGUGCUGGUUGAUACAAAAGCAUGUUUUCUGCAGGUGGAUUCCCUUGGCUACAUGAGGUUCACAUCCAGAAGGUUUGAAAUAUAAACUGAUGGAGUUCAAGCGCCUCUGAACUGGGGAACAUGAUGGAUUACAUACAUAUAUAUUAGAUAGGAGUCUUUGGUUUCCUUGUUCAAAGGCCCUGCAGUAUUUGGCCCUGCAUGUAGCAGGGAAUGUGUAAGAUGCUUGAGAGAAUGAGCUAAGGGGUCUUUCCCUCUACAUUAUAGAGACAGGUAUGGGAUCUGAAAGGCUCCCUCCAAUCUUGUAAAGGGCAUAAAUUACUAUUCUAAGGCCAGAUUCUUACCUUUCUACUCUACUACUGUAUUAUGGACUCAGAACCUCCUGUGAGGGUGGGGGCUGUAUGCAAAGCCAUUUUCUUUCAGGCAAUAGCAGUGAUGUGAAAUGGGACUAUUGAAAACCCUGUUCUAAGCAUGCAGUAGCUGCCUUAUGCAAACACCAUUUUCUCCGAUAAAUCUGGGCCGCCUGGAGUUUGGCAGGAUGGCAGCAGCCCCUGCUGCAAAAGGAGCAUGUGAGAAUUGGGCCUCAGUUGCUAUGUCUGAGGGAAAUGUUUGCCACAGUGUAGUUAAGCAAGGAGCAAAGUUUCCCCUCCUAAAGGGCAAGUGGGAGGUUUUUCCUGGGCAAUGAUUCGGGGGGGGGGUGCAUGUUGAUGGUCAGCUACUGAGUGUUCCCACAGCAUCCCCUGGCCAGUUAUUGUAUUAACUCUAAAAGCAGACAAGGGGUAUUGGGUGUAGAAGAGUGGGAGAGUCUUGGAGUUCCUAGGCAACCCUGUCUGGCACAAAGUGGUUGGGAGGAGUACCCUCCUAGCUGCCUUCGAGGCAGCUACAGAUUCCUUCUUUACCUGCCUGUCACUACCAAUAAAAACAACUGAAUGGGGGCAGACACACUGCCCUCUCUCUGAAAGACCGGCUUGGGAAAGAGUGGGUUGAGAGGGUGACAGGGGGAGUAGCAGGGUCAAAUUAGUGCCUGGCAAGGGUGCAUCAGUUUUGCCAGGGCCGGCCUGGGUAGAGUUGGGGGGUUGUUACAGGGCAGGAAAGGGGAACCUGUGACCCUCUAUAUAUGUUGUUGGACUACAAUUCCAUCAUCCCUAACCACACUGGCCAGGUUUGCUGGGAUUGAUGGGAGUUCAAAAACAUCUGGAGGGCCACAGAGUUUCCCAUCUCUGCUAUAGGGGCUGAUCUCACACUGUGAUAUAAAGGGGGGGAAUCACUGAACCUUUAGAAGGGGGGAGUUAGUUACAAUAUAGCCUCAAAAAAAUCCUCUGCAUAUAAUUUCUUUGCAAUUGUUUUUCUGCUUGAUUUUAUAAUCUUUCUAAUUAUUCAAAUAAAAUGUUUAUGUGAGUGGAGUCACUGUGUGUGUGUGUGUGAGAGUGAGUGAGUGAGUGAGUGAGUGAGUGAGUGAGUGAGUGAGUGAGUGA